CACUUAUUUCACAGCUAUGAGACGUAGGGUCAGGUUCUAGGUCAAUGAAAUGAGGGUAACUGGCUUACAAGCGCUUUCAAAACUUGCAUCCGGAACACAACGCAAAUAUCUCCCUCUUGCGGUGACGCUUGGUACAGCAGGGAUUGUGGCCUACAAGGUGCCAGUCCCUCACAUAAUGGCGGAGCUGUACAAGGAAACAUAAACAUGAAUUCUCCAUGGACUUGGAAAGAGCGAGCUAGCUGGCCACGGCGCGAUGCGUGACAGAUGAAUGCGCCGAAAAUGAACAUAUUGUCGAGAGAAAUGGUUAAGACCUCCCAAAAUCAACUACACAGUUAAAUGUAUCUGGAAACCAGGAAGCAAAUAGCCAGAGAGGACUGAAAGCUAUCCUGGUUUCUUUUCGAGCAAAUCAGCGAGCUCCCCACCUUAUAGCCUUGAUCGCUAUGUUCUGUUAUAGCAUUGCGUUUGACUGUUUUUUAUUCACUUGAUGUUUUGAGAAUGCUAGGAUGUUUAAAAACGUUUUCGGGUCGGGGUUUCUUGUAAGAACCGCACACGUUAUCCUGACAUGGGUGAUAACCUUGAUACUUUUCCUCCACGACACAGAUCUGCGGAAGCAGGAGGAGAGCGGCGAUCUGGUGCAGCCCGUCCUGUUCGUCCUGUUAGUGCUGGUGUCCGUGCUUCUGUAUUUCGCCGUCUCCCUCAUGGACCCCGGCUUUGUCCUCUCUGACACCGACGCCAAGUUCACGCUUGGAGUUAGUGAGGAAGAGCAAGAGAUGAUCCCUCAGACGUCCAAACCGCUACGCCAGCGCCGCUGUGGCUACUGUCUGUUGCAGCAGCCAAUGAGAGCCAAGCACUGCCAGGCGUGCAAGCACUGCGUGCGCCGCUAUGACCACCACUGUCCCUGGAUCGAGAACUGCGUGGGCGAGCGCAACCACCGCUGGUUCGUCCUCUACCUGGGCGUCCAGCUGCUGACUCUUCUCUGGGGAUUCCACAUGGCCUGGUCAGGGUUCAGCUACGCCCCCACCUGGGAACUGUGGCUGCGUCAGAACGGCUUCCUGUUGGCUGCCUUCUCCGUGGUGGGCGUGUUCUUGGUGGUGGUGGUACUGCUCCUGGGUUCCCACCUGUACCUGGUCUCCUUCAACACCACCACCUGGGAGUUUAUGUCACGCCACCGGAUCUCCUACCUCAAGCACUGUGGCGGGGACGAGAACCCCUUCGACCAGGGCAUGCUCCGCAACCUCUGGGGCUUCUUCUGUGUCUGCCGAACCGUUGUCUGGGAGCAGGUGUACUUCCGAGAGGCCAGUGACCCUGUCUAGCCCCCAGAGGUCUGCCCCUCUCCCCCCUCCCAUUCCUCAGGUUUAUCUGUUUCCUCGCCUCUUCCUGUUGGUCUUUUGGACAGAGGUCGGGUGUCUUCUCCAUGUCUGAAGGCAGUCUUGCCUGGCCUGGGUAAGCCAGAAGCGUCAGCUGCAGCAGCGAUGAUCAAGCAGGGUGAUUCUGUGGUGUUCUGGGUUUAAAUGUGCUGAGGCUGCGUGGGUGUGCCUGUUGUGUGGGUGGGAAGGAAAUGAAAGGAUAGAGUCUUCCAUUGCUGCUGCUCUGAGAUCAAGAGUGAAAUGUAGAGAUGUUGUGAGAAAAGGACAGAGGGGCUCACAGGAUGAGGGCCAGCUUUCAUGUGUGAUUAUGAGGUAAGAAGAGCAUGUGUUGAAAGAUUGUAAAGAAAGUUGAAGGGGGGACCGUUUUCAGGUGUCUGUCUUGUGGCGUGGUAGAGAUAAACUCCAGGUCAGACAUACUCCUGUACUCUCUCAGUGUUUUGGUCUGCCAGACCUCUCUGAAGACCAUCACUAAAGUUGUAACCUCCUGUAAGACCUAAGCACCAGUGUUUCUCAGUAAAAGUUCAAGGGGACACAGUGUGUGUGCAGGACUAUGUUAGAGUUAUACUAAUCUGCAUUGGGGACUAUUUAAUCCUAGUUUGACUCUAAAGAGAUUGAACACUGUGUUUGUUCAUUUCUUUAAUCCUUUAUAGACCAACAGGCUAAUUAUAAACUAAUGAUAAAUGAAAUUAUAGAGUCCAGUGGGAUCUCUGUAUCAGGUAUACUUUUAUGUGCAAUUCAGACAUGCCUGGUUGCAGUGUCCUUCCUUUAGUCUGUCCUAGAUAAUUAGUUGGUUGGUGGGCUCAUCACAAAUGUGAUUAUUACAGUUGGAAGGUGAUUAAAUGGUUUUCUUGACUGUGAUGUUGUUUUUGAAGACUGAGUGGAGAUGAACUGAGAACAAAUCUCACCAUGACUGUUUUUGAAAGACCCAAGUAGGUAGAACUGAAAAUGGGUGAGUUUAAUAUAAAUAGCUGUCGCUUAUCCCACAGUGCAUUUAAAACAAGGUAUCAAAAAUUAUUU